GUCGUCCUUUCUGCGCCUGCGCGGACUCAGCGCUGAGGUGGCCGAGAGGAGGCGGAGGAAGGAAGAUGGAGGCGGUGCCGAUGUCCCUGGCGGGCCUUUCGCUGCUCCUCGGCGGCCUCGUCGCCCUGCUUUUCCUGCUGCUGCGGUGGAGGAGCGGGACGAGCAGCGAGGAAGCCGAGUCCAGCGCUAAGGGGCGCGGCCAAGCGGAGCAAGAGCCAAGCGGCGCCGGAGACGAUUUGGACAGUGAAGCAUCCAGUAAAACCUCAUUGAUAAAGAAACAGAAGCAGCAUCAGCGGCUUCGGAAAGAGAAACCCCAACAGCACAGUUUUUCCCACCCGCUCCUGGCAGCCGCCCUGAAGGGCCACAGUGGGAGCAUCACCUGUCUCGACUUCAGCAGCAACGGGAAGUACCUGGCGUCCUGCUCCGAUGACCGGACCGUGCGGAUAUGGAGCACCAAGGACUUCCUGGAGCGGGAGCAUCGCUACAUGCGAGCCAACGUGGAACUGGACCACGCCACUUUGGUUCGCUUCUAUCCAGACUCCAGGGCCUUCAUUGCCUGGCUGGCCAACGGGGACACUCUCCGGCUCUUUAAAAUGACCAAGAAAGAGGAUGGCAGCUUCACAUACAUCGCUACAGCAGAGGAUUUCCCAAAGCAGCACAAGGCCCCCAUCAUCAACAUUGGAGUUGCUGACACCGGAAAAUACAUCAUGACUGCUUCCAGUGACACCACCAUCCUCAUCUGGGACCUGAAGGCAGAGGUCUUGGCCACCAUCAACACGAACCAGAUGAACAACACCUUUGCUGCUGUCUCGCCCUGUGGGAGGUUUGUGGCCUCGUGCGGCUUCACCCCGGACGUGAAGGUGUGGGAGGUGUGUUUCGGCAAAGGUGGAGGAGACUUCCGGGAGGUGGUCAGAGCCUUCGACUUGAAGGGCCACACAGCUGGCGUGUAUUCCUUCUCCUUCUCCAACGACUCCAGGCGGAUGGCAACAGUCUCGAAGGACGGGACAUGGAAGCUGUGGGACACGGAUGUGGAGUACAAGAAGCAGCAGGACCCUUAUCUCCUCCUGACGGGGAAGUGCACGGCAGAAGCUCCCUGCCGCAUCGCCCUCUCGCCGGACGCCCGGGCCGUGGCCAUCUCCAGCCGCACCAAUAUCACACUCUACAACACCCGGCAAGGCGAGGAGGAGGAGCGCUUCGAGGGCGUCCACGGGGAGCACAUCACGGACUUGGCUUUUGACGUUAGUGGCCGCUUCCUGGCCUCGGCUGGGGACCGGGCCAUCCGGAUCUUCCACAACACUGUGGGCUACAAGGCGGUGAUCCAGGAGAUGGCAACCCUGAUGAAGAAGGCCACCAACGAGUCCACCAAGGAGAGACUGCGGAAGCAGGUGGCCAGUGCCCAGAGCGCCCUGGACAGCAUCUAUGGCAAGCGCAACUGAGCAAACUUUUCAGUUGUGCGUUGGGAGAGCUAAUAAAUACAAAAUAGUAUUUUUUUGCACAA